UUUCGACUUAUAAACGAUUUCUUAUUCGUAAUUAAUAAGUUAAUAAUAAUAGAUUUAUAAUAUUUAUAUAUAUAAUAGUUCAAUAAUCGCAUAGGUUAGUCUACACAUAAACAAGUCCUUUGGCACAAAGAAUUUAAAAGGUGUAAUUUUUUUUUAAGAGAAAACAAAACACAGCUAUUCUUGGGUAAUACCGUAGGCUUUGGAUUUCUGGACAGUUGUGGGCUAUAUUUCGCCCUGUUUAGAGUGAAAAAAUUCCUUACUGUCUGGCGCCCUCGUGUGGCAGCUGAAAAUAUUAACAUGAUUUCAAAAGUUUCAGCCUUCCUCCUUAGAACCAACCAGUCAUUUGUGUAUGGAUACAAACUGAUGGUAAACAUUGUUCAACUCAGACAGACCGAUGGCCUGUCUCCGUCUUGGAUUACUGUGUUAACUGUGAUUCCUAUAGCAAUGUUACAGAAUGACAAACAGAAGAAUCGCACUAAGGAAGAAGUGGUCAAGAAACUAUGCCUGGUUAAUGGUGUGUCCUAUGAAAACAUUGCACAAGAAGGGAGCAACAUCAAGUCCCUGGAGAUCUUCUUCUCUGGUUUCCCCCACAUGGUUGGGCUUUCCUUCUUCCCAAAGCUCUGCCAGCUUACUAUAGUAGAUCAGAAUAUAAAACACAUUGAAGGACUUGAGUGCUGUCCUCUGCUUCAGGAGCUCUGGAUAGUCCAGUGCCAUCUCACAGAAAUAUCUGGACUACAGAACUGUCAGCAACUGGAGAAAUUGUACCUUUAUGAUAAUCAGAUUAGUGAAAUAAAGAAUCUAGAAUUGCAGAACAACCUAGAAGUUCUAUGGCUCAAUAAUAACUGCAUAAGGAAGAUACAGGUCUCUAACACACUUACAAACCUCAAGGAAUUAAAUCUGGCUGACAACGUUAUCGAAAAGAUUGGUAGUUUUAUUUGACCCAAUGUCAGCCUUCAGAAUCUCAAUCCCUGUCGGAACAAGAUCAGCUCCUUUAAGGAACUAAGUUUGCUUGGCCAUUUGCCCAGCCUGAAAGAGUUAGCACUUAGGGACCUCACAUCAACUCCAAACCCAGUGUGUCUGCUGUGUAACUAUGCCACACACGUUCUUUACCACAUGCCAGGCCUCCAGCGGCUCGACAUUUACGACGUCUCUGGCAAGCAAGUCAAGGAAAUGGCCGAGUCCGCAGUAGUAAAGAAAAUGAUGUACUACAACAUGCGUGUACACACUGCUCAGAGGAACCUUACAGAGACUCAAUUAAGUCUGAUGGAGAGGAAGAAAAUUCUAUUACAGUGUCCCGAAGACUGCAUCAGGACCCUCAGUCAUGCCCUCAAAAAUCUUGAACGUGAGCUCUCCAUGGUGCCGGUUGGUUGUAAGAAGUCUGGUUGUAUGUUGGAGGACGAACCAGUAGCAAAACCCCACCUUGACGAUGGUCAAACUGAAAGAAGUAACUCAGCUGUUGACACCUGCUGUGAUCCUGCCCUGGAGCAUAAAAUACUUCUUAAGAUUGAAGCACUGGAGGAAAGACUGAAAUUAUGGACCCGUAGGAUGAUGAUAUUGAAGCUUUGGUAUGAGCGAGAAUUGGCCCUAGCCACAAAUAAAGACAGAAUAUGUGGUGCAGUUUCUGUUGAUGGAGCUGAAAGUGUUGGAAAUAUCCGUUUGGAAGAGGGAUGCUCCACAGAUCCAUGGUUUGCUUCUUGUUGUGACCUCCUGCUUUCCCGCUUCACCCCUUCAGACUACGAGAGUCAUAACAUCACUGACAUUAAAAUAAAUCAAGUUUACCGCAUCCACAACAGUGCUUUAAGACUUCGCUUUGAGGACAAGCUUCAUAGCCUGCUUCCCAAGGAAGAAUCUGUCACUUUAUCACAUACCCUUUCAUGCAGGAAUUACAGACGAAAACUAGAAUACUUAUUCUGCAUACCUGACCCUGAAAAGUGUGACAAAGAGGAGAUUUUUGGCAUUAUAAAGGAAGGUUUCAAAACAAACACCUCAACAAAAGGUGAAAGAGAAGAUGCUGUACCUUUAUCCAAUAGCCUAGCAGUAACUGACCAGCCCAGAAUUGAGUAUGAGCUGCGACAGGCCAGCCAAGGUGAUUCUGUGCAAAGCACAGAUAUAAUCCCUUUCAGGCAUGGUCAUGUUAUUGUCUCCAAAGUGUUUGUGGGUAACAGCAUGCCUAUCCGUGAUAGAGAACUGAUGGACAUAAGCAAGUAUCCCAAAGUCUUCUCAGUGCAUCGGAACAUGGAUGCCAAGUGCAGAUCUGCAACAAGUAAUGAUAAACCCUGCUCAACCAAAACACAUGCAGGACCUGAGUGCAACACCCGUCGAAGGCAGUGGUUUGUGUUUGAUCAUGAACUUGUCCUACCAGAGUACAUUGUAUAUUUUGAGUACAUAACUAAGGACAAACAGUCUACACUAAGGAGCCAUUGCACAGGUAAAGACACUACUCCUUCCAGUGAUAUAAUCCUGGACAGAGCAAUCCUCAACAUGGAACCUGUGCUGAAACUGCAGCCCAGAUUGUUGAGCUUGGACGAUAAGAUUUUGCUUAAAGAAGCCAGAGCCAAUAUCCUCAGCCAGAUCACUGUGCUUAACCUUCAUGGCAAUAGUCUAAGCAAAAUAAAAGAGGUUUCCAGCCUCACAGGUCUAAGACAUCUCACCAUCAGCUUCAAUGAGUUCACAUGCCUUGAUGACAUUUCUCACAUGCCUAACCUUGAGUUUUUGGAUGCCAGCUUUAACCAACUUAUGACUCUGGAAGGUCUACGGGGAUUGGGGCAGCUCAAACAGCUCAAUGUGUGCUGGAACAAGCUGACCAAAGCCAGAGAGAAUACUGCUGUGCUGAGGAGACACACACCUGCUUUGCUGAAACUAGACACACGUUACAAUCCUUGGAACAGGCCAGAGACAGUGAGAAUGACCAUACUAGCCCGUCUCACAACCCUCACACACCUGGAUGGUGUGCUGAUAGCAGAGGAGGAGGCUGCUGAAGCAGUUCAGAUGGUUACUGCAUCCAAAAUUAACCAGGGAACUCUCCUGACACAUUCUCGUAUCAACUGUAACCGUCCCCGGAGUCUCAGUUUGCUGUCAACAGCCCAGCUCUUAUAUCGACUGAGUCCAGCACCCUGGGGAUCCGUCAGAGAUCUGGAGCCAGACUGGACCUCAAAGAUCACCACUCUGAAUCUUGACAACCAAAGAAUUUCAAAGCUGAUCAAUCUAAAUAAGCUGGAAAACCUCCGCUGGGCCUCCUUUAACAAUAAUGACAUAUCUGAAGUGGAAGGUCUCGAUAGCUGCCUGAAACUGGAGGAGCUUUCCCUAAACAACAACAGCAUCAGCUCACUCAGUGGCCUAACAAGACUGAGUUACCUGAAUAAACUGAGUGUAGAUGGAAAUCGGCUGUCUCGUCUAGAUGCUUCAGUUCUUGAUCUCCUACCCAACCUUACAUUCCUGUCCAUGGAGAACAACUGCAUCACCUCUCUACAUGGCAUCCAAAGACUUCAGUCUCUCCUUGAACUCUACAUUGGAGGCAAUCAGAUUUCUACAUCAAGAGACAUCUACUAUCUCAAAGGAUUGACAAAUCUUAUCAUUUUGGAUCUCUAUGGGAAUCCUUUAGUGCAGAAGCUGGAAAACUAUCGAAUAUAUGUAGUUUUCCAUCUGCCCUCCCUUAAAGCUCUGGAUGGAAUAGCAGUGGACGUAAGUGAGUGUGACAGUGCAAAGAAUAUGUUCAGGGGAAGGCUAACCACUGACACAGUUGCAGAGGAGCUUGGCCACUCAGACUUCACAGAAGUCACCUACCUAACCCUCCAGUCGUGCUCCAUCAGGAUGGUUGAUCUAUCUCCAGCAGACCUCUUUUGUAACCUGCGGAGUGUCAACUUAGACCACAACAACCUCACCUCCUUCUCAGGCCUCAUCCAUCUGCCCAACAUCAAGGCUCUGUGUCUGAACUACAACCACAUUGAGUCAAUUUUGCCCCGGCACAAGACUCAUGCUCAUUUGACAAACAGACAGAUACUCCACAGCAAAGUCCACUCCAGUGGGUAUGGCCAACAGAACACACCCAAAACCAAUAGGGAUACUGGGCCCACUGGCAGCCUGGAACCACUGAUGGGAAGCCUUGAGGUGCUUCAUUUGAGUUACAAUGGCAUCUCCAAUAUGACCAAUCUGCAGCUCAGCAGGCUCACCAAUCUUAAAGCACUCUUCCUCCAAGGUAAUGAGAUCAGCCAUGUGGAGGGCUUGGAGGGGCUUCACCAGCUCAGAGAGCUUGUACUGGACAGAAACCGGAUUAAAGCUCUGGCCACAAACUCCUUCACAUCCCAGAGUGUCCUACUUGAACUGCACCUUGCAGAAAACCGGAUCCGAGAGCUAAACAAUCUUGAUCCUCUGAGUGAGCUCCGCAAACUCUUCCUAGACCAGAACAAGCUCCAGGACAUCACAGAGCUUGACAAAUUAGAUGUGCUUCCCUCUCUGACAGAGCUCUCUGUGGUUGGAAAUCCUGUUUCCCGAAAUUCUCUCCAUAGACCAGCAGUUGUACUCCGUUUGUCCCACUUGCAGGUCCUCGAUGGAGUGAUGGUCACUCUGGAGGAACGAACCAGGGCUGAACUCCUCAGAGCAGACUCAUCUCAAAGCUCUCAGCAUCCUGGAGCAUCUCUCCCUACCGCUGAAAAUAGCCUUCCUGGAUUGCUAUCUAUGUUGCCUCAUAACACCACUCUAAGAGGAAUGAAUAUAAGUGGGGGGCUACAGAACUUUAUGCAUCGGAACAGUCCCCUGUACAGUUAUCCAGACAAGAAGCACAAACACAGUAAUGUCGGUCAAAGCAGCCAAAUUGACAGUAACCCGAGACAAAGUCGAAGAAAAGGAAGCAACUUGCCAACAACAUAUUCCAAACAAGAGUAUGACAGCAGAUUCCCUCAUGGUGGCAAUCCUCCACCCAUGUAGCAGCUGGAAGAGGUGGAGCAUGCAGUGAUCAGACAUGGUCCAAAGGUGAAGGCAGCCAUGUCUGUGCUGUGGUCAUAUCCACUGUGUUUUUACAUGGGAUUAACUUUUGCAAUAUUGACUUAAUUAAGAUGAAUGUCUAUGUACCUGGAUUUUGUUUUUUGUCAAAUCAAUAACUCUCUUUAAACUUUUCAGAAUUAUGUUUGUUGACAAUUUUCUUUUGCUGAUCUCAGUAUUAGUGGUUUAAACUAAAACUGAUUUGAAUCCUUUAUCAGGUGAAUGUCCAUAUUUAUUUAUAUUAUACACUUAAUACAAAAUGCCUCUGAAUGCUACGCCAUGAAAUCAUGUUUCAUGACGUAGCAUUCCAUGAAACAUGGAGUUCUACACACCAAUCAUGAAAGAUCAGGCUACAUCCCAACUACUUCACUGAGAUCAGUCUUCAGCAUAAAAAUAAAAACAAAACAAAACUAUUAACUGUGACCACUUACUAUUGUACAACAUUUAUUUUUAGAAGUUUUAAAGUCUUGUAAUAUCCUCCAAUAUUAUAAUAACACUCCUUUUUAUGACUGAAAUGUACAAUUUCCAAGUAUUUCAGUGAGUACUUGAUAAAGGGUUAAUGCAAUCUAAAUUAGGCUGCUUGAUGGGGAGUAUGUAGUGCAUUCCUCUCUAAAGCGUUUAUAAUGACUGUGACUUAAUUUUCUUUCCACAUAUGGAGAUCACUAACCAUGGUAAUCUGAGGAUGAGAGGUAUUGGUGUCAUGUCAACUGACCCCCCCCCCCCC